CACAGAAUGUGAUAAAGUACCAGUAGUUACCUUUAUACAAUGCAGAACUAGCGCAACAGGCGUUAGGUAAAGCCUGCGACGGUUGGUGUUCUUUCGUAUUCAGCAAGGAUAUAGUCGGCUUCGAUCACAGGCACACAGCAGCAACAUCCGUCAGCUGCGCCUAUCCUUACCACAAUACUGCUCCUGUCGGCGUUUGACAUUGAUGUCGGCGAGCGUUCAGCCUCGAGGGACGUCGCUGCCCUCAUCGAGGCUUCCUUGUCGCCCUUGGAGGCCGAGCUCACUCCGUAUCUGCAGUGUAAAGGUACCCGGAGCAGCCCCCACUGCCGAACCGCCAAGGCCUGGCGUACGAGUGCAAGCAGUGCGGGGCAGCAAGGCAGGCGGCAGCGGCGGGUCCAGCGUUGAACCCACCGGCAGGUGGACGAGUGUUGUCAUUGGCGAUGGUGGCCGUGGCUCACUAGUCAACAAAUCUAUCAAUACUGAGCUCCUUCGGUGCAAGCGUAUGGCUGAGCUUGAAGACGUCUUCACCGCCAAUGAGGCGGAGCUGGACCCCAUCAACGUUGCAACCGCCUGGAUGCAGCUGGGGAAGCUCCGUGGGGGCGACCAUGGACAGCAGGCUGCAUGCAUUGUGUUGGGGCAGCGCAUGAUGGGCAAAACGCUAGCUGUGGCUCACCGCAUGCAGCUGCGGGAACUGGGCUCCACGCUGUGGGGCAUGGGCAAGGCCAAUUUCAACCUUGAUAAACAUCCCCUUGGAGCGUACUUUGCGGAGGCCGCGGAGCAAGUCUUGGUGAGCCUCGUGAAUGAGAGUGGGAGCUGGCCUGGCGUGACCGCUUCAAUGGUGUGGUACGCCCUGGGCCAAGUGCCGUACCCUUGGGACAGGGGACUCUUGGAUUCCAUUGCAGUGAAGACCCUGGAGGGAGUGGACAGCUGGGAGGACCCUAAAAUACUGGCGCAGAUCAUGUCGGGUAUGGGUUUCAAUGCAGUCACCCUAACUGCCAACCAAAAGGACAAACUCAUCCAUGUGGUCACACGGAUCACACAUGACAAGAGAGAAUCGCGGGAGCUCUGCCGGGCCCUGGAGUUCAUCCUGCGCGGUGCCUACCUUCUUCACAUCUACCUCCCGCACAACACCUUACAGCAGUUACACAACAUCGCGCUACAGAUGCCUGUUCCGUACGCCUUGGAGCUCCGACGCGCCAACUUUGCAGGGAUUCUCUAUCAUGUCUGCCAGCGGGGCUUCCAGCCAACCACUGAAGAAGCCGAGCUCUGGUGCAAGCGGCUGAUGGACGAUUUCGGUCCGAACUGGACGUGCAUGGACCUCACGUGGACCAUGUUGGCCCUCUCUUCCGUCCAAGGCUACAAACCACAACCCAGCGUGCUACAGCGGCUCCGUGCGCAGUUGCUGAGACUACAAGGCUUUAAGGAGGGUGACGUCAGUCGUGUUAAGAUUGCCAUGAGGGCAUGGAACCUACGGCUGACAGACGCCGAGGUUAAGGCUCUGGGGGCUCGAUAGCCGGGCAUGCAGAAAGGACAAUCCUGCUGCGUGGAAGGUAGCAGCAAGUGGCGGGGUAGCUUCUAGGUAGCACCGGUAUGAUGAUGUCUAGGGCGCCUCGUGCAGGCACCUUGGGUUGUAAUCCCAUUUCCCUGCCAGUAGGACGCCUCAGGAACUGGACAGAGUGCAAGCUUUCUUUACGGCAAGAUGCAUGCGGGUGUUAGAUGGUGCACCCCUUUAGUAGUGCUAAGUAACCAUGGAUCUGCCUCCCGUCACAAAGACAGCUCGUCGUCCACAACCGAUGGGCAUAGACUAUACAGAGUACCCUAGUUGACAGCCGUUUUGCGGUGCCGUGUUAGACUGUUAAGAGACUCAGAGAGAGGUGUUCGAUCGCCUGGGCGCAUGGACUUACGAGUGGUAGUGUAUGUGGUGGUGUACAUACUCCGUGGCGUGUCGUGCAGGCUUAAGUGGCCAACCUGGAUGUGCUGUCAUGGAUGGAAUCCAUAGGCUUAUACAUACAUGCACUUGAUGAUGAAUGCAUGGGCAGGUACGGUGGUUCUCAUGGUGCAGUAUGCGGCAGGAGGACCCAUGGGUCGGCAGCAACCG